GACAAGAUCCUGUCCUGUCUUCUGGGCGUGGGGGAUCUGACAAGCAUCAAGCCAAGCAGCUUCGCCGUCCACAAAUAUUCCUGCGCGGCAAAUAUAUCCAGCAGAUAUGGUUAGAUACUCUGUUAAAGACUUCGUAAGCCUACGUGAAUCCUCUGAGCCUUUCACCCCGCAACCGCACUACCAAAUUUUUCCAUCUUUGUCUCUAGAACCUAAAUUCUCUUGAAUCUCCUUUCUUUUAACAAUUAUCGGACCCAGUUUAUCUUAAUCGGUACUGGCCAUCUUCCAAACCAAUUCUCAACCUGGACUUCUCGACUCCGUCAAAUCCGAGUGUCUCUCUCGGUUUCGUCAUAGAGUUUCCCAUCUUCCGCGGUGGAUAUGGAAGGGAAAAAUGCGCUGCUCGGCACACCAGUGGCAUUCACCAUUUUGGCCGUCAUUGCUGUUGCCAUUCGCUUUUGGGUGCGCAUUACACAUAAUGCUAGGUUAGGAUGGGACGAUUGGCUUAUGCUUAUAGCUAUGGUAGACCAGAUUGUCGCCCGUGUUUUAACCACCAUCUCGAUAGCGUAUCAAUUUCGCAACCCCCCCAGCUUUCAAGACCAGGUUAAUGCGUUGAAAUAUAAUUACAUCGCGGGCCCACCUCAAUUGACAGUCUCUGUGAUCGCAAGACUGUCGGUCACCAUCUUGUUGAUUCGCUUAUUUGGUGUACAUCUUUGGUUGAAGAGAUAUUUGAUCGUCUUGAUGACGAUUUUGAGUCUGCUUACAGCGGGUGUGAUCAUUAUCUCUUUCGCCCAAAUAACUCCAGUUCAAGCUAUUUGGAACCCGAUGAUACCUGUGACAAAACAAUGGAAUCCAGAUCUUUGGCUGUAUUUUGCUGUCUUCAAUCAAACUACUUCGACACUUUCUGAUAUAACCUUUGUCUUGUUCCCGGCUUUUAUUAUUUGGCAUUUAAAUAUGCCACGACGCCAAAAAUUCGGUCUCAUCUUUCUCUUAGCACUAUCACUCUUCGUCAUGAUCAUGUCAAUCUUGAAAACCGUCUGGGUAGUCGAUUCAUACCACGGCAGCAAGACUCUUGAGCAUUACAACCAAACCGCGAUUCUGACACUCGGUCUCUUGGAAGGAGACAUGGUCAUCAUCAUGGGAUGCAUCCCGACAUUCGGGCGCUCCGUCAUCAACGCUAAAUUCUCUCUGCUAGGUCCGACCAUUUUAAGUUAUUUCGGCAAAUUCAGAUCUACGAGAGAUGCAUCUACAGAUAAAGACAAGUCCGAUAGAUCAUACCGCACUUCUUCUAAUCCGUAUGAGAAUUUGGAGUUGAGCUCAAGGAGGUUACCUCUCAAUUCAGAUCAUAGUCUUGGAAACACAAAGUCGGCGGAGACACGCACGAAGGAUAUAAGUCAAGAUAGAUUGGUGAGGGAAUAUGAAGCAUAGACAUCCAUCUUAGCGAAGGGGAGCUUUCUUUCGCUUGGAAUGGAAAGAAGGUGUAGUAUGAGUUGAUUGUAUGAAUUGAUGAUUUAGAAGAGAUGGAAAAAUGCUACGGAGUAUGAUAUAUGAAUUUAUUCUCAAAAUUCAACAGGUCCCACAGUCGAUUUCUUUACUUCGAGGAUUGAAUUUGUUCAGAGAAAAUUGCUUUUGGAUUCUCGUCUAUUAACUGCCUGAAAAAUUCACACGUUUUAUACACCGCAGACAUUUACGGUACA